CGCUAGAACAAACCACCCGCUUUGUUUGUUGCGUUACGCUCUUUUCUAUAUCUCUGUCCAUUUCCUACAUCUCAACCAAAUUUUACACCCCACCACCGCCCCUCACCGCGGAGCCAGACGGUGGCCCAAAGUUGCGGCCGACGACCAAUAAAUUCAAUUCAAUUGGGCAGAAACGCUGAGAGGAGUAACUGAAAAUAGGAAAAUGAUGAGGGAUGUGUCCAGCUUCAGUACGUACAACUAUGGCGACGCUCUGUAUUGGGACGCUCGCUACGUUGAAGAGGCUGGGAGUUUCGAUUGGUACCAGCGGUACUCUUCUCUCCGCCCAUUCGUUCGCCACUACGUCCCCACUUCUUCACGCGUCCUAAUGGUGGGCUGUGGCAAUGCCCUGAUGUCAGAGGAUAUGGUGAAGGAUGGGUAUGAAGACAUAAUGAACAUUGAUAUCUCUUCAGUUGCAAUCGAAAUGAUGAGCAAAAAGUAUGAGUACAUCCCUCAGCUCAAAUACAUGAAAAUGGAUGUCAGGGAGAUGAGUGCGUUCGCAGAUGAUUCAUUUGGCAGUGUCAUUGACAAGGGAACUCUUGAUUCUUUAAUGUGUGGCAACGAUGCCCCAAUUAGUGCUGCUCAGAUGCUCGGAGAAGUGAGCAGGCUGCUGAAGCCUGGAGGAACUUAUAUGUUGAUAACUUAUGGUGAUCCCAAGGUAAGGAUGCCUCAUUUGAUGCGCCCAGUAUACAAUUGGAAGAUUAUGCUGUACAUAAUACCAAGGCCAGGGUUUCAUAAACCUGCUCCUGGUUCGUCAUCAUCAUCAUGUGCAUAUUUGGAACCAGUUCCAAUCACUGAGAAUGGCUUACUUCCAGUAGACUAUGUUCUGCAAGAUCCAGAUUCUCACUUCAUCUACAUAUGCAAAAAGAUGGAUGAAAAUUCGGAGCUCAAUGAGGAUAGCUCCUCGUAUCCUUUGAGGGUUGAUAAAUCAUUAUAGGAACAUUUCAAAAAUCAAGCUGCAGCUUAAGGUACUUCACUGUGUCAUAUUGUACUGUUUUGCUCUCUAGAUGUGCGAAAAUUUGUUGUCAUGACAUCAAUGCUUUUGGUAUUAAAGAAAGGAACACAUUUCCCAGCUUCUUCUGCAGGUUUGUUGGAGACCAAAGACAUCGAAUCAAUGUUGUUUCCCUCCAGUAGAAGAAUAUCUGGAAAAGCAAAGAACUGAAAACAGAGAAGGGAAACAAGCAAGACUAUGUCACAGAUUGUAGCUUAGAUACUGGAAUCAGAGCUUCCGCUGCUCCCUCGUUAUCCUAUUCAGUAGGGGUGAUUCAUCCCUGUAGCUUAAUUUGACCCCUGGGAUGCUUUUUGGUUUGUGAUUCUUUUUUGUCUUUCUGCUGAAAAUUAGUCCAAUUCAGCUGCCACCGCACCACAUUAUUAACCCAACUCUUGCCUUAAGUUGUCCAAAUUCGGAUAGACUGUUGGUCCAUUUUUUCGCCACAUCAGUAAAAGCUCAUAAAUGAACCUGAGGAGGUAUUGGUGUUUUUUCUUUAUAAGAAGUAAAGUGUUACUGGAGUU